AUGAAAAAAUGGACUAUAACCGUAAAUUUAUUGUUUUAUAUUACAUUCCUAAAUCAAUGGAAGGCUGUAGAAUCUCAACCAACUUCGUCAAGUAGAGGUAGUCCAUAUGCGGGCACUAGUCCUGCUGGAGGUCAAACCUCUACUACUAAAUCGCAAAAUCAAUCUGCCUCUAGUUCAUCGCAAUCACGAUCUAGCCAAUCUUCAUCUCAGCCAGCAAGUAGUGGCUCUAAAAGUAUUCAACCGACACGAUCAAGUGGAGGUACUCAACCAUCUGGAGCAGGUUCUACUCCUACAUCACAAAGUCAAUCACGAUCGAGCCAAUCUUCAACCCAGUCAGCCAGAAGUGGCACUCAAAGUCAAUCAGUAAAAACUGCAUCACAACCGACAACUCCUUCAUCUGGAGCAGGUACCUCUGCUUCUCCUAGUGGAAGUACUCAACAACCUAAAGCAAGUGGAACAGGUAGUUCUACUCCACCAAGUAGUGCUUCUCAACCACCUAAAGCAGGUGGAACAAGUUCUCCUACCACUCAAACUUCAAGUACACCUGCUUCACAAACUCCUACAUCACAAUCCUCAUCUCAGUCAACCGGGACUGGUACCAGUGCAGGUCAGGUAAGUAAGUCACCAACCCCUGAAUCACAACCAGAAUCAAGUUCAUCUGAAACUGAUCAAUCCAGUAGUGGUAGUGGUAGUGGUACUGAUGGAACAGUAGUUACGAAAUCAAUAGAACCUACCAAGGUUACUCUGGAUAUUGACUCCAGUCAGGGCACUAGUCAAUUUGGCUACUCCAAGAGUGAUAAAAUUAACACUUUCACCGUUAAGGAUGAGCAUGUGUUCAGUAAGGUUAAUAAGGGAACAGAUGCAGUUUGGGACUCUAAGGGAGGUGACUGUGGAACUAAGGUUAUAUUUAUUGAUGAGAAUAAGAAAUAUGUGUCAAUCCUACUGACAAAUAAUAUGUUCUUAUUAUUCCAUCUGGAAUCUGGCCAAUGGAAAGACAUCACCUCUACCAGACAUGAUAUUGACAGACUGAAAUUCUUCGGUGACUCUGAUAAUCCUCUCACCAAGAAUGACUUCGACGUUACUAUCGCAGAUUACUCUUAUAGAUUCACAUUUAAAGGUGGAGUCAACUGUAAGAAGAUCAAGUAUGCAGAUGACGACCUUUGGAAAGACACUGACGACUCUGAGUUUGCUGAGAUAACCGCGUUUGAUCUUGGUCUUAUAUCAAACAAUUUCUUUGUGAAGAAAGGAACUAAAUUUAAGAAACUAGAUUUUAAUCCAACUCAAGCAAAGGGAGGUCAAUCAACAACACCAGUGUCUGAGGUAGUCACUGCCACUACUGUUCCUCAAACUUCAUUGACCAUCCUAACUGAGGAUGCUCCAGAAAAGGCUGCUGUUACAGUUCUGUCUCCUACUGGCAGACCUAGACCUGCUAAAACUCCUGAGGUGGCUACUGGUCAUAGAACAGCUAUUACACUCAACAUAGCUGAAAAGGCAAGUAACAGCGCCGUUGACUUUAAAGAGGAUUAUCUGAAAAAUGUUAUGGUAUUUAGUGCUAUGGAGAAAUACGUAUUCAAUAAAAUCAUUAAGACAGGUGGCUCCAAGUGCUGUGGCAAAACUUGCUGUGAAUCUGAGAUAGUGAUUUGGGAGGCCAAGGAUCGAACUGAGCAUUUUCAUAAAGUAUAUGUUGAUGGUCUCGGCACAUUUUCGAAAACUAAAAAUUUGAGUCUUCAUCUUUGUAAUGGAACCUUUAAGCACUUAAAUGGGUCUGAUUCAGGACCCUGGAGUGAGUCUCCAGGUGUCGUAGAUCUUGAUGUAAGGAUUUCAAAUAGUAAUAUCCAAGUUGAUUAUUUUAAGAAGGAUAACUAUAGAAUAUACGUGGCCAAACCUGGUUACACCAUCAGAAAGGUUAUGAAGUCCAAGAAAUGUAGCUCAGAUUGUUGCUGUCCACCCAAGGUUAUUUGGGAAGCACAAAAUGAACACGCACUUAAGGUAGUGUUGAUGGGCUCUAAGAAAGAACCAAAACACCUUGGUGUACUUAUGAUGAGUGGUGAACUUAAUCUCCUAUUCAAGGGUGGUAAGGAUGAGCCUUGGCAGAAUAUAACCUCCACAAAGAACAAAAUUACUGAUCUCAAGAUGUACGCUAUGGCUGAUGAUAACACCGUGGAGCUACACAAAGGUCACUACUCCAUAACCUUGUUUAACGAAUUUUAUGGUUAUUUGUUCUAUGAAGGCGUUGGCUGUGUAAAGGUUACCCAUAAGGGUAAGACGAUUUGGGACCUGAGGGAGGAAGGUGACUUUGGUUGCCUGAAAGGAGUCUUCCUUGAUUUAAAAUCUAAUAAGUUUAAUGUCAUGAAUGAUGAUGAUAGGUGCUGGUUAUGUGAAGAGGUGAGGAAGGUAAAUCCUGUCACCCUCGACGUCAGCAGUAAAGCAAGUACUGACGACUUUGAUUUUACUGUUGAUCAUAACAGAAACAUUAAGAUCUAUACUUCCAAGGGUAACGCAAUGUUCUACCAGGUGGUUAAAAAGAGUAGCACCAAUUGCUGUGGUUCCACUUGCUGUGAUUCAGAGGUUGUGAUCUGGGAAACUAAAGAUCCUCAAAACUAUGCCACUAAGGUUUUUGCUGAUGGUGUAGGUGCCUGUAGCAGUACCAAAAACGUUAGCAUAUACCUGUUGAAUGGUGAUAUAUUACACUUUAGUGAGGGUGAUAAUGUGUGGAAGAAGUCUGAUAGCAAAAUUGUCCUUGACGUCGAUAAGACUUCGAGUACCAUUGGGUAUGACUUUGUCCAUCAUGGUGAGACGAGGACUUUCACUGUAAAGCCUGGAUACCAAUUCAAAACUGUAAUGGUCAGUAAAACAUUUUCUACAGAUCAUACUUUUUGGGAAGCGCAAACUGAUGAGGAGUGGUCAACCAAGGUCACUGUCUAUGGUGUCCAAACAAAUGUUAGGAACAUUAACAUAUUCAAAAAUGAUGGUUCGAUUAAGCACUUCCACAAAGCGAACAGGAAGUGGGUUUCAACAACUCCAUUCGUUCUUGAUAUUGAGAGUAAUACGGAUAAUGACCUAUUUGAGUAUAGAUCCACAAGAAACUUCGGUCAUUUCAAUCCUAAGGCCAAUUUGACAAUCGAGAAGAUUAUAAAAACAUACAAAUCCAAUUGUUGUGUUUCAACAUGUUUUGGUAGUACAUGUUGUGGUAGUACAUGUUGUGGUUCAAUAGAUGAACUUGUGAUCUGGACUGCAACACCAGAAGAUCAUGGUCUCAAGGCUGUACUGAUGGGUUCCGGUAAGGAUGAGAAAUUUAUGUCCAUUCUGCUGCAGAGUGGUAACUUUGUACUUCUUAGGAAGUGUGGUAAAGGUCAGUGCUGGGAAGACAUCACUCAGGAUAAGAGUGAUUUCUCCAAUAUCAAGAUGUACUCCCUGGAUGAAGGUACAUCCAACUAUCAUGAGCUCACUAAUAAUGAUUAUGAUCCAAUAAUAUUCGAGUCAAGAUAUGGCUAUGAAUUCAAAGAAGGUGUCAAGUGUGUGAAGAUCACAUACAAUGAUAAGCCUAUGUGGUCACAUACUGAUGAUCCUGAGUUUGGAUACCUGAAGGGACUAUAUCUUGAUCUUCCCAAAGACCAGUUCAGUGUCACAAAUCUUAAAGAUCAGACAAAGCAACUUACGAGAGCUAAGAUUGCGAAAGUCACUCUUGACAUCAACAAGACAGAGAGUACUAAUGACUUUGAUCACUCUAAGAAACGUAACUUUCAUAAAUACACACCUAAAUCUUUCCGACUAUUUUCUAAGGUGGUACAGGGCACAACGGAUAUUUGGGAUUCUGGAGAUUAUGUGUUUGGUACCUCGGUCGGGGUUAGGACUAAGGAUGGCCAUAAUUAUGUGGCUGUUUUACUUGACAACGGUAGUUUCAAGUUGUUCCAGGAGUCUGGUGUUAACUGGACCGAUAUCACCUCAAGUAGAUUCAAUGUGAAGAUGCUCCAGUUCUAUGACAAGAAUGAUUAUGAGCUAAAUUCAUCUAACUACACAAUUGAAUUACUCGGCCAUCACAGUUGCUCCACCAUCAGUUAUCUAUUCGAUAGAGGACCCAAGUGUAUGACUGUUAUGUACGGAAAUGAUAUUAUUUGGGACGAAAACAGUUGCUGUUCCUAUAAAACCAUCGAGAGGUUUGAUUUUGAUCCUAUUUCAAACAUUUUCUAUGCCAUUAAGAACCGUUGUGAAUCGAAGAAAAUCGAAUAUAAACCAGCAGAACUUGCCAAGGUCAUUGCUGAUAUAUCGAAGACUAAGGAUACUGAUCAGUUUUACUACUCCAAGGAUGGCGAUUGUCAAAAAUAUACACCUAAGCCUGGGAAUGCCUUUAAUAAAGUGGUUGAUGGAGCCAUUCCCAUUUGGGAUUCUAAGGAUAAUAUCCAUAGUUCUUUAGUAAGGACUAAGUCCAAAGAUGAUGGAAAAUACCUAGCCAUCCUCCUCACAGAUAAUAGUUUCAAACUGUUCAAACAGGAAGCUGGUAAGAAUAAGCCUUGGGUAGAUAUCACCAGUCAGAGGCAUGAUAUCUCUAAACUUAAGUUCCUCGGUGUGAAUGAUGUUGAAAUCAAGUCUUCAGACUAUAAGGUUACCAUAGUUGAUUACGCUUAUGAAUUUAAGUUUAAUGAUUCUGUCAACUGUAAGAAGAUAAAGUUUGGAGAAGAUGUUGUUUGGAAACAUAGUGACGAUCCUAAGUUUGAGUCAAUCACUAAAUUUCAACUUGGUCUUAUAUCCAACAGUUUCUUCGUAGUUAAUAAUAAAUCUGAAUCAAAGAAGAUAGAACAGGCUCUUGCGACUGAGACUAAGAUUAGCCAACCAAAGACAGCUCCUGUAACUUUAACUGUAUCAACUCCAGUGUCUGGUGCCAAACCAAAGGGAACACCCGUGAGCGUUGACAUUGAGAAGACUCAGAGUACUAAUGACUUUGAGUAUACUGAUGACAAUGGAGUCAUUAGUUACAAACCUAAGUCUGGUCACGCAUUCAAUAAGGUUGUUGAUGGUACCAAGGAUGUCUGGGCGUCUAAGGAUGAUGUUUUUGGUACAUUGGUAAGGAUUAAGGUUACCAAGAAUAUUAAAUAUCUUGCCAUCUUACUGGAUAAUCAUAUGUUCUCACUCUUCGAACUAGUUGGAAGUGACUGGAAAGAUAUCACUUCUCAGAGGUAUGAUGUUUCUAAACUGAAGUUCUUUGGAGAAAAUGAUGUUGAGAUCUCCAAGACUCAUUACACAGUAGCCAUUGUAUUCCUAUCUUAUGAAUUCACAUUCAAUAAAGGAGUUAAAUGUAAGAAAAUUAAGUUAGCACAUGAUGAUGUUUGGAAAGAUACCGAUGACGCCAAAUAUUCAGAUAUAAAGUCGUUUUCAUUGGGACUUACAUCGAACACAUUUUUCGUUAAGAAUCAGUCUGAUCAAUCAAAGAAAGUAGAGUUUAAACCAACAGAAGUUACCAAGGUAACUGUUGAUAUCAAUGGGACUCAGUCUACAGAUCAGUUUGACUAUACUGAUCAUAAUGGUGUGGUUACAUACAAACCUAAGGAUAACCAUGUAAUUAAUAAGCUUGUUCAAGGUACCACAGAUAUCUGGGAAUCCAAAAAUGAUGUCAAUGGUAUCUUGGUUAGGACUAAAGUUUCCAAGGGUGUUAAAUUCCUUGUUGUUCUACUGGAUAAUAAUAUGUUCACAGUGUUCCAAGAAGAGGCUGGUAAGUGGCAAGAUGUAACAUCUAAGAGACAUGAUGUUACUAAACUUAGGUUCAUUGGUGAUAACGAUGUUGAGCUCUCCAAGACAGAUUACUCAGUAACCAUUGUUGAUCUAUCAUUUUCUCACAUAUUCAAUACGGGAGUCAAUUGUAAGAAGAUCAAGUUAGGAGAUGAUGAACUAUGGAAACACAGUGACGAUCCUAAGUUUGAGUCUAUUAAGUCAUUUUCACUAGGUCUUGCAUCAAACAGUUUCUUUGCAAAGAAUCAGUCUGAUGAACUCAAGAAGAUAGAAAAGGCUCUUGAGGCUGAGGUUCCAGAGUCUGAGUCUCUUGUAACUGCAACUGUAAUAAGUCCUGUAUCAGCUCCAGUGUCUGUUACCAAACCAGCAGUCACUCCCGUUGGUGUUGACAUAUCUAAGACUCAGACUACAAAUGACUUUGAGUAUACUGAUGACAAUGGAGUCAUUAGUUACAAACCUAAGUCUGGUCACGCAUUCAAUAAGGUUGUUGAUGGUACCAAGGAUGUCUGGGCGUCUAAGGAUGAUGUUUUUGGUACAUUGGUAAGGAUUAAGGUUACCAAGAAUAUUAAAUAUCUUGCCAUCUUACUGGAUAAUCAUAUGUUCUCACUCUUCGAACUAGUUGGAAGUGACUGGAAAGAUAUCACUUCUCAGAGGUAUGAUGUUUCUAAACUGAAGUUCUUUGGAGAAAAUGAUGUUGAGAUCUCCAAGACUCAUUACACAGUAGCCAUUGUAUUCCUAUCUUAUGAAUUCACAUUCAAUAAAGGAGUUAAAUGUAAGAAAAUUAAGUUAGCACAUGAUGAUGUUUGGAAAGAUACCGAUGACGCCAAAUAUUCAGAUAUAAAGUCGUUUUCAUUGGGACUUACCUCAAACAAUUUCUUUGUCAAGAACCAGUCUGAUCAAUCAAAGAAAGUAGAUUUUAAACCAACACAAGCUAAGGGAACUCAAGUAACCAAAGAACAGACUAAAUCUGAACCUCAGGUUGAAGCCAAGACAGCUCAACAAAUAUCGUCCUCAUCACCUCCUAAGGGAACACCUUCAACUGUUACCGUUACUAAGGGAACACCAUCAGUCACAACUGUUACUGUUGAUGUAUCUAAAACCCAAUCUACCGAUAAGUUAGACUAUUCCAAGGAUGGUGAUUGUCAUAAAUAUACUCCGAAGGAUAACCAUGUGUUUAAUAAAGUAGUUGAUGGAACCACUAACAUCUGGGAGUCUAAGGAUGAUAUCCGUUGUGCUUUAGUCAGGUCUAAGUUUAAGGAUGAUGGGAAAUAUCUAGCUAUGCUCCUCACGGAUAAUAGUUUCAAACUUUUCCAACUGGACGGAAAUGAGUGGAAGGAGAUCACCAGCCAGAGACAUGAUCUCUCUAAACUCAAAUUCAUUGGAGAUAACGAUACUGAGCUCAAGGCAACUGAUUUCACAGUAACCAUUGUAGACUACUCUUAUGAAUUCAAGUUCAAUGCUGGAAUCAAAUGUAAGAAAAUAAAGUUAGGAGUUGAUGAUGUUUGGAAACAUAGUGAUGAUACUAAGUUUUCAGAGAUCACGAAAUUUCAACUCGGUCUUAUAUCCAACAGUUUCUUCGUAGUUAAUAACAAAUCUGAAUCAAAAAAACUAGAUUUUAAUCAGACUGAUGCAAAGGGAGCUCCAGUAACAACACCUUCCAAGGUCGCUGCUGAUAUGGAUAAGACUCAAUCUACUAGUGAUUUCGACUACUCCAAGGAUGCAAGUGGAUUUGUAACAUUCACACCUAAGACCGGGAACGUGUUUAACAAGGUAUCUAAGGGAAAUAAUGUCAUUUGGGAAUCUAAGGAUAAUGUGUGUGGUACUUUGGUAAUGACUAAGACUGAAAAGAAAGAGGUUCAUCUUGUCAUCCUUCUGGAUAAUUAUAGUUUCGUAUUAUUCCAUAGCUCUGAUAAGGGUAAGAACUGGACCAACAUAACUAGUCAGAGACAUGAUGUUAAGAAACUCAAAUUCUUUGGUGAUAAUGAUGCUGAACUCUCCUCGUCAGAUUACAAGGUUAAGUUAGUCGAUUUAUCUUAUCAAUAUAUAUUCAAUUCUGGAGUCAAGUGUAUGAAGAUCAAGCUAGGUGAAGAAGAUCUUUGGAAACACACCGAUGAUCCUAAGUUUACAACAAUCACGAUGUUUCAUCUAGGUCUUAUAUCAAACAAUUUCUUUGUUAAGAAUUCCUCUGAGUUCAAGAAACUAGAAUUUAAACCAACUCAAGCUAAGUCUACUCCUGCCGAGACCAAAGCACAGGCUAGUCCAGCGGCUAAACCGAAUGAGGCUAAAUCUGCCCAAGCUAAACCUGAGGCUCAAACAACACAAGCUAAGGCUACUCCAGCGGCUACAGCGGCCCAGACUCAAGCCAAACCACAGGCUCAAACAACACAACCUGAACCAGCCAAGGCAGCCCAGACUCAAGCUAAGGCUACUCCACCAGCUAAACCUGCAGGACAGCCUAAACCAUCUGCCAAGUAG